UGUCAGGCCCAUAUCAUAUUAAGCGAAACUAAAAUUAAUUUGGGAGGAAGUUUAUUUCAUGCCAUAAUAGAAAGCCACAGAAACCCAAAACCAAAAGUCAAAAUUCACUUUAUUGUCAUAUAGACCCUGUUGACUUUCCUACAAUUAUAUUUCUCACGAAACACACAAAUUCUAGAACUCCAUCGCUUUUACAUCCCCUUUGGUAAAAUCGCGAGGUGAACGCCAUGUCAGCAUGGAAGAUAGCCCCGUGUCGAGCACCGGGUCUCCCCAAAUUGGACGAGCAGGAGGAGAGCGACCUGCUGUCCAGCGGCAUAGAUUCCAGCGACGCAGAGGAGGAGACCGAUCUGGAUGCCGCCUACGAUGAGCUGGAGGAGAUGAAGCAGCGCCUGAUCGCACUGCGUAAUAAGAUAAUAAUCACAAAUCCAGAUGCGUGCAAGGAUCUGAAGGUUCGGGAGCUCUGGAGCACAGAGGGCGCGGAACUGCAGGAGUUGCGUGACCAGAAGUGCCAACUUAUUUGCCGACUUCAAGAGGUAACCCAGCACCUGAAGGACUCGCAAAAUGAGCUCAAGGAACUGGAGGGUUGGCGCUGCCACCUCCAGUCCCGCAUCCAUCAGGCAAAGCGGCAGCUUAGCCAGUUCGAGGACUUCAAACUGAAGGUCAUCCACCAGUUUGGGCUGUGCCUCGAGCGUUGGGAGAACCAGAAGACAUGCAAAGUGGACUACACCACCUACCGCAAGGAAAUGGAGGCCCACAUCCUUCACGCGGACAACGUCCGACAGAGCGUGGUACACCAAAAGUGCCACAAGUCCUACAGACGUCGCAUCCGCGUCGAGCUCAUGCUGAUCCGCGUUUUCCUGCACAAUCUCUUCGAGGCGAUGGUCAACGACUUUAAGUUCUUCAGCCGCCAGAUGAGCAUUAACUUCUCCAUUGGAUCCAUCCCUGCCACAGACCCCACAGCUCCGGAAACUCCAAACAACACUGUUUCUUCUUCCGACCAGGAGAGCCGCAAAUAAAUGCUCCAGCAAUUAA